AUGGGUCUCGGAGGCAGGAAAAUCAAGCAGCGGAUUCCUGAUGACCCCAGGAAUCUGUCGUGGGCAGACGACGCUGCUAGGUUUGGCUCCAACUACCUCUCAAAGUUUGGCUGGGAUGCCUCUCAAGGGUUAGGCGUGGAUGGCGAGGGAAGAACAUCCCACAUCAAAGUCUCUCACAAACUCGAUAUGCUCGGUAUUGGCGCAGCGCACCAGAAAGACCCAAAUGGGAUCGCUUGGAAGCAAAACAAGGAUUUUGAAAAUUUGCUCAAACGGCUCAAUGAGAAUGCAACGGAAAUUGUGGACGGCAAGGAGGAGCAGGAUGUGGUGAAGGAGGAGACGCCAAAAAAGAAGCGGAAACAAAAAGGGGACGAGGAGAAGGACACGAAGAAGAAACGACGGAAAACUGAAGACAGCAGCCCGUCGGCUGAUGAGGUCGUCCCGGAUUCAUUACCUGCCGAUCCUGCGCCCGUGAGGGUUGCUCCUCGAUAUAGAGCGCAUCGCGCGAGAGCUAUCGCUGCCAAAUCUAUCACCUCCAAAUCAGCUGCUGCCAUCUCAGAAAUAUUAGGUAUCGCACCCUCCUCUGGGCUCUCUGUUACCACCACCCAAACAACUGGGAAAUUAACGUCGCUGACGGACGAUGCAACAAUCGAAAAGUUGACCACUUCCACCAAAAGCGUCGCGGAUUAUUUCAAAGAGAAGCUUCUCGUACGGGCAACCCAAUCUGAAUCAACCACGCCAAUAUCCGAGCAGGACGCGUAUGAUCUUCCCAGAAGCGGCCUGGGGUCCGGCCGUGCGCGUUUUGAGAUUCAAGAAGACGAUUCCGAGAUGGGGGCACGCCGUGUCGGGUUAUCAAAGUUUUCCUCACUCAUGUCAUCCCAAUUCCUUGCUGCUACUUCAACCCUUUCUACACCUCCGGAGAAAACUCAAAGUGAAGACGUUGCUACGACCCAGCUGGACAUGGUGGAGGAAGAGCAGACGAGUGAAGAAAAGAGAAAGAAAAAGAAAGGGGAUAAAGAUGAGAAAAAAGAAAAGAAAUCGAAGGAUAAAGUCACUAGAACGGAAGUCAAGGAUCCAGAUACCCUCCAGACUGCUUCAUUAGACGAUGUGGAUAGAAAGGCGAGGAAAGCGCAACGAAAGGCGGAGAAGAAGGCAAGAAAAGCUGCCGAAAACAAUCUUCAUUAG